AAAAACUUCGGAUAAAUAUGAGAUGAUCUAAUAAAAACAAGACCAGCGUGAAAAAUAAAAAAAAAUCCGUCAGAAGAAAAAUAUGAAUAAAGUGAUAAAAAAUCUAUUGGCACGCUUUCCGCAGCCGGCCGUUUCAUUUGGGUGUUUCAGUAGAAACUACGCAACGGUGAAGAGAUUCUACCGGAAAACCAACAUUUCCUUUUGCGAUGGGAAAUACGAGGUUAUGUUGGAUCAGAGAAAACUGAAGACCCCAGGAGGGAAGGUUUUUCAAGUUGACAAUGAAUCCCUGGCCAUUGCCGUAGCUGCAGAAUGGGAUGCUCAGCGUGAGACAAUUGAUCGUACAAGCAUGCAUCUCACGUCCCUCUGCAAUACAGCCAUUGAUAAUCCCAAUAGAUUAACUAAAGUUGAUCUCACCAACUACAUCGUCAACUACUUACCCACAGACACUGUACUCUUUCAGUGUGGUGAGGAGGAUGACUUAGCUGCUGUGCAGACCAAGGAAUGGGAUCCUGUUAUUGCGUGGUUCAAUGAGAGAUUUGGGGGGAAUCUGAAGAAAAGCCGGGACAUCAAUACACCACACGUCUCCUCGGAGACACGAAUGAAUGUUGGGAAGUAUUUAAUGUCCCACCGGGAGUCCGCUCUGCAUGGAAUUACAUAUGCUGUGGACAGCCUCAAAUCAGUUAUCCUCACUUUUGCUGCCUUGGAUCGAUUCCUCACAACAGAACGAGCAGUUUUGCUGUCACGACUUGAAGAGGAAUUCCAAUUGGGCUACUGGGGAAGAGUCGAAUGGGCUCAUGAUUCCAGUCAGCAAGAACUACAAGCAAGGGUGGCUGCAGCUGUUCUCUUUGUUUACUUCAACUCAUCGGGACAUUUUGUAAAGGAGAAAAUUGCCGUUUGAACACAAGAGGAGACAAUUUUGGCAACUCGAGAUUGUACUAAAUAGGUAUGAUAAAACAUAAUUAUACAUAUUUUUAAAGAAUUAUUUAUUAUUUGGAAAUUUUUUUGGUCAUGCUGCGGUAAUUUUUUUUUAAACAUUAGAAAAGCUCUAAAGAAAGGUCGGAAAGUUUUUACAACGUGGGCAGCAUUAUCUUCUAAAGUUUUGUCGCUCAAUAUGCUGCAUACAUAACUAUAUAUAUGUACUGUACAUAUUUAGCAAAGAAAUCCCAAAAUUAGACAUUUCGUUAUAUUUUUUUUCCUUUUUAUUUUCUUAGUUAACAAGCAAAAAGUUAUUAUUUUACCAUGCCCAGGAGCGGAGGGGAGAAGAUGUGAACGAACAUGGGUAUAAUGUUGGAGGUACAGCAUAAUAAUUUAACAAAACAAACUGUUUUAAUAGACAUAUAAAUUCAGAACUCAACCUAUCUAAUGCAAUAAUGGAUUGAAAACUUUUAAAACAUUAUGAAUAGAAAAUAUAUUGUUCACUGUCACGCGAUUUACUUCAAAUUUUCUUGAAUUUUCCUACUAAGUUUGUCCCUUUUGCUCAUACUUAUUACAUUGUUUUUGUACCUCAAUUAAUUUUCAUAUUAUAUCUGGCAUCGUAAAUUUAUUAAUAGGUAUUAAACAAAAAACUUAUAUCGCAUUUAAUGAGAUAUACUUUCCUGUCGACCUUUUCAACUUGCUUCAUUUGCAAAUUCAAUACUUUCCACAAGAAAAAAAAAAGAGUUAUUAUCAUUAUUGUAAGAAUAAUUAAAUUCCAUCCAUCCAUAAGUUCCGGCAUUGACGAAUUAACAUUAUACUUUUUUUUUCUCUUCCAAAAUGGCAUGAAAAAAAAACUGUCGUCAUCAAAUUGCUUUUCCUUAGCAACUGUGUGUACAACAUACACACCACCGUAUACAGUGCGUACCAAUUCAGCUUCUAAAUGAUUUUUCUUUCAACUAAUAGAAGAAAAAAAUGUUUUGCAGAUUAAUACAGAAAGCUAAAUAAUUUAAAGAGUUUACAGGAAGCAUAAUAAAUCGAUUUAUUCUAUAUAACGUUGACAUGAAAACUUAUGAAGAAAAAAAAUAAUAUAGCAUUGCAUUGUAAUAAUCUCACGAUUAAUCACUGCGGAAAAGUUUAACGUAUGUAUAUAUAGUUCUCUUUCCUAUUCCUUUUCUCCCUACCUACUUAUAAUAUCAACAAUGAGAAAUAUGUUUAAAAGUCCACCAAAGUAUUUUGCGACUAUGUUUAAAAAAAAUAAAGCAUGCAAAUACAAUGAAAAAAAAAAA